AUGAGCCUUUAUCAACCCUCGGCGCAAGUUGAGCCAACCUUCAAAAAUUACUUGCAAGAGCUCUAUGCUGAGACCGAAGACCCAGCAUCGACGACAUCCUUUACGGAUUUCUUCACACCCAAUGGAUCUCUUAUCGUUCUACAAUACACCGCUGUUGGAGCUGAACGGAUCACUGGGCUGAAACAUGCUCUGAUGCCUAAAGACGGAUCGAAGCUGUGGCACCACGUGCCCAACGUCACCGACGUGUACGCGGACACGACCUGGAACAAGAUUUACGAGGUGAAGGGUGUGAUUCAGACGACGUACCAGGGCGGGAACUGCUCGCAAGCUUACUACUCGACGCGGUUCACCGUCGCCAAGGACAAUGACAACAAACCCAUCUUGGCCUUACGCGCAGGCUCGCUUCUCUCGUACGACGAUUAUAUCGUGGAGCCAUCUGUGUCGCCGACGGAAAUACCUUGCCAAGGUGCUAUGAGCUCACUCACUUUCCAUGCUGGCCAACUAUGA